UGCGCGGUUCGUUAAGCCCCGCCCGCCGCGAGGCGCCGGUGCCGCCAUGCGCCGCCUGGUCCCGGCGCUCCUGGGCCGCUGGGCCCGCGCCUGGGCCUCGCUGCCGCGACGCGGGGCGGCGGUAGCCGGCGGCGAGGAGGAGCGGUUCGUCUUCCUGGAGUACGAGCCGGAGCCGGGUGAGGCGGCGACAGCGGCCCCGCCGCCCCGUCGGGAGCGGCAGCAGCGGCAGCAGCGGCAGCCGAAGCCGGCAGCGGCGGCGGGGUGUCCCGACGCCUCGAUGCUGCCGAGCGGGGUGAGCUGCUCGGGCUGCGGGGCCGAGCUGCAGUACCGCGACGGCGCGGCGCCGGGCUUCGUGCCGGCGGAGAAGUACCGGAGCCUGUCGGAGAGCGCGGCGGGGCUACGGGGCGCCGUCUGCCAGCGCUGCUGGCAGGUGACCCACCACGGCCGCGCCCCGGGGCUGCGGCUGCCCCCCGAGCAGCACCGCCUGGUCGUCGGCGCCGCCCUGCGCAGCCCCCCGCGCCACGGCCACGGCCCGCUCCUCCUCUACAUCCUCGACGUGCUGGAGCUGCCCGACCCGGUGCUGCCGCAGCUGGCGGGGCUGCUGGACCCUGACAUCCCCGCCGCCGGGCUGCUGGUGGUGGGCAACAAGGUAGACCUGCUGCCCGCCGACUCCCCCGGGCACCUGGGGCGGCUGCGGCGGCGGCUGGCGGCGGCCUGUGCCCAGGCCGGCCUGCGUGGGGCCCCACUGGUGGACGUCCGCCUGGUGAGCGCCAGGACGGGCUUCGGCAUGGAGGGGCUGGUCAGCCGGCUGCAGCGGUCCUGGAAGUGCGCCGGCGACGUCUACCUGCUGGGCGCCACCAACUCCGGCAAGUCAACGCUCUUCAACACCCUCCUGCGCUCCGACUACUGCAAGUCCCGCGCCCCCAACAUCGUCGACAGGGCCACCGUCUCCCCCUGGCCAGGAACAACACUGAACCUGUUGAAAUUUCCAAUUAUUAAUCCUACAUGUGACAGGAUAUUCCGAAGGCAGGAGAGGCUGAAAGAGGAGGCAACAAAAACAGAAGAUCAACUAAGCAGUGAAGAAAAAAAGUACCUUAAUCAACUUAAAAAGCAAGGUUACUUUGUGGGAAGAGUUGGAAGAACAUUUCAACAACAGAAGGCUAGCCCUGUGAUUGACUUUGACCCUGACAUGCUCUCCUACAGCAUAGAUGAAGAGCCCAGACAUUCCCCUAGGAAGCCUGAGGAAAGGGAGGAGUUCACAUACAAUGAAGUGAAGGAUGCUCGCUGGUGUUUUGACACUCCAGGGAUUGUAAAGGAAGACUGUGUUUUAAAUCUUCUGACAGAGAAAGAAGUAAAGCUGGUUUUGCCAACAAAUGCCAUCAUUCCACGGACCUUUAUUCUCAAGCCAGGAAUGGUCUUGUUUUUAGCAGCCUUGGGACGUGUAGACUACUUACAGGGAGAAAAGUCCGCCUGGUUUUCUGUCGUGGCUUCUAACCUGUUGCCAGUCCACAUUUCUACCCUGAGUAAUGCAGAUGCCAUCUACAAGAAACAUGCUGGCCAAGAGUUAUUAAAGGUUCCCAUGGGUGGGGAAGAGCGAAUGAAAGAGUUCCCCCCACUUGUCCCUCAGGACAUUACGCUGAAAGGAAUUGGUACCACUGAGGCAGUUGCAGAUAUCAAGCUUUCUUCUGCAGGCUGGGUGGCAGUGACGGCUCACGCGGAAGAGAAAUUGCUGCUCCGAGCCUAUACUCCUGAGGGCACCACGGUGGUGGUUCGGGAGCCUCCCCUUUUGCCAUAUAUCAGUACCAUCAGAGGGGCCCGGAUCGCAGGCACUGCUGCCUAUAGAACCAAAAAGCCUCCCUCCCUGGUGGAAAACCUGAAAACCACGGAGAAGAGAUAGCACUUCUCAUCGUCUGAGCAAGGUAGAAGGCAGAACAGCUUCUGGAGAACCUUAUUGCUUAUUGAUAUGCAGGAGAGCUUGGGCUCCUUUUUAAAGGCAGACAGGCACAUUUCUGAAAGCAGGCCUGAGGGGAACUCCACAAGUCUGCACCUGAUCCAGCUGCUGAACUGCAGCCGUUUUGAAUGAUCUAAGUGGCUGAUACCUUGCUGUGAGAGGUGAAACGGCUUCUCCUGGGACCUGCCAGUAUCUGUGAGCAAAUCCCUUUACCUGUUCCCUCUUGAAAUACUGGAUGGAAACUCACUUGCCUGCCUUGGGCUGGCUUUGCUGUUCACAGACUAGGUCUUCUCUUGCAGAUGUGCUCCUAUAGGUCAGAAAUCACCUUGUUCUUGGAGGCUUUACAGUGUUUCCAAAGUGGGAGGAGGCGGGGGGGGGGGGGGGGGGGGGGGGGGAGGAGCAGGGACUGCUCCAAUGUGGGUAUGACCCUCCUAGUGGCUGAUACUAACUCAACAACAUCAACCAAAAAUCAGGUCCUUUCAGUAUCUGGGGCAGAUGAAGGAGUGCAACUCUCUGCUUUUGGACACAGGAAAGGUGAAUUAGUGCAAAGCAGGUCUGCUCAUACGCCUGAAGAGGAAACUUGCAACUCACUGCUUUGAUUUGGCUUCUGUAGCUUGUGUAAAGGUUUCUGAAAGUGAGGGUGUAGAAUAAAACUUUUCAAAGGCCCUUA